CUACCCAAGUACCCGCGAUUUAGCCAUUGGCUGUAAUAUUAACAGUGUAUGGGUUUAGCACAAGCUUGGGUGUCUCGUGGAGCGCACAGCUGACACUUUGGUGCAUCAACUGCAUGGAUCUGGAGUGACUUCCCGUUAAGAAAAUCACGACAAACCUAAUAUUUAUUUUUUUAAAUGUAUUUUACGUUUACACGUUGGUUCAUACAAAGGGCCACCGCGGUUUCAGAAUCUAUGAUUUUUAUUUUUAUUUUUUUUUUUGAGAAUCCGUUGAACGUUGGCACGAAGUUCACUCGGGCGUUCUGUGUAAGCUGUGCACGCUGAGGAGGCACCUGAAGAAUUUGCAGUGUGGGCCAAGGUGGGACGGUCCUACACAGGGUGCGCGCUCCUGUCUCCAUAUCACUGACACUAAAAGUAAUUCUCCGGCUCCGCGAGACGAACAUGCAUUGCGUGCGCACGAGCAGGGAAGAAAAGCUCCGAACAUGCACGCCGAUAACCAUCAAAUGACACCCAACACGUGCUGUCAUAUUUAGCUGUCAGUUGCUGGGGACGCUCGUUGGAAAAUGAGGUUUGGAAGCAUCAUUUUAUUCGUCGCUCUCUGCUCUUUUACCGCUUAUUAUAUUUAUGAGCCAAUUCCUGAGGAGAUAGACGAGAGAUGGAAACUCAUGCUGACCAACUCUUUCUUCAGAAGUCUCAGCAACCUGGCAGACCUCAGUGAAUUACUGGGGCUGAAGGACUACAUGGGGGUGAUGUACUUCAUCACUCUGGCUGAAAAGGUAGUGCCUGUUUCUGACGAGCAUGUCAAGGUGACCGAAGAGAAAUUUGAUGGCGUGGAGGUGGUGCUGUACCAGCCUAAGCAGAGGGGCGGUGAAACUGAGCUCAGGAGAGCUGUCAUAUACCUGCACGGUGGAGGGUGGUGUCUGGGUAGUUCCCGGAUGAGUCCAUAUGAUCUACUGGCCAGAACAAUUGUCACUAAGCUAGAUGCAGUUGUUCUUUCUGUAGAGUACCGACUUGCCCCGGCUCACCACUUCCCUGUCCCAUAUGAGGAUGUAUACCAUGUGGUCAAACACUUCCUCCAGAAGGGGGUGCUGGCCCGGUACUCUGUGGACCCAGGACGCAUUGCUGUGUCUGGGGAUAGUGCUGGGGGCAACCUGGCAGCUGCAGUCUCCCAGCAGUUGCAAAGAGAGCCUGGACAGCAGGCUCAGUUAAAGGCCCAAGCACUCAUCUACCCUGUACUGCAGGCUUUGGAUCUUAACACGCCUUCCUAUCAGCAGAAUCAGGACAUGCCCAUUCUGCCCCGCACCCUCAUGGUGCGUUUCUGGAGUGAGUACUUCACCAGCGACAAGGCCCUCUUCAAAGCCAUGAUGGCCAACACCCACAACAACGCUGAGUCUUCCCGCCUGCUGAAGUUUGUCAACUGGAGCGCAUUUCUGCCAGAAACCUAUCAUAGAAAAUACAACUAUAGUGCUCCUGCUGUUGUGCAGGGAGUCGGAGGGGAGGCAAUUGGGAUGGACGUACCAUGUCGAUCUAUUGCUGACCCGAGGGCAUCCCCACUGCUGGUUCCAGACUCUGCCUUGCACUCUCUGCCCAAGGCCUACGUUCUGACAUGUGAGUAUGAUGUUCUCCGAGAUGAUGGGAUCAUGUAUGUUACACGGCUCCGUGCUGCUGGUGUUGAGGUGACACAUGAACACUAUGACACAGGAUUUCAUGGAGGACUGAUGUUCACUGUGUGGCCAACGGACUUCCUGAUUGCACGUCGCAUGACCGACAACUAUAUCAAAUGGCUUGAUGAAAACUUGUAAAAACCUCUUGACUAUCAAUAUUCAUUCCAGCUUUUCCACACAGUGCACCAGUGUUUGGUUAGGUGCAACUUGUUCCCAUCUGGUGUUCAAGUUUUUGUUUAUUUCUUUUUCUUUCAUCAUGCUAUUUCUCUGUAAAUAUAUUGAGUAAUAUCAACUUCUUCUGUUUUUUAGAUACCAAUAAGAAACAGGAUUUUGAAAGAAUAGUUAAAUAAAAGUAGGUGGCUAGCUGACCUUUGGUGGUGCUGUUCAUUGUAUCCCAUCACAGGACCUUCUACCUGAUCUUAUAUCCAUUGCAUGAGAAUCAAUACUUUAAAUUAGCAAUGCAUUCCACCAAAGAAAUCCGAGCUAUCCCAUCUGGGAUUUUAAGAAGUAUUGGCAAAGGAGGAAAGGAUUUUCACAACAGCAAAACUUUAAGAACUUCAAAACUUAUGUUCAGUUUGGCCAAAGUUCCAAGAAUGCAGCUAAUACUGAAACCUAAGAUUGUUUAGAUGUGUUUGCAAAACUAUAACUGCUGCAUAAUGGUUGCUGACAUUGCAUUAAAGAUUUGUUGAUGUAACGCUGUUUUCCCGAGAACUAGCCCUUAGUUGUGUAAUCCAUUAAAAAUGUGGUACACAG